AUGUGAUGCUCUACCUUUAAGUGUCCAAAAUGAAGCAACAAGUACAUCGGAUCUUGCGCAAUCUGCUUUUAACAUUGGCAUGCGUCAUUUAAUGUGAGGUUUUGGGUUUGGAAGCGAGACCUUUGCUCUAUAGCACGGCGUAAUGCUGUGCCUCUAUGGAGUUCAAAGCUGCGCAGUUAUCAGCUUUGGGGCGUGGCGUAGCUGGGGAAUCAUAAAACAAAACCCUUUCCCUUUUCAUUGACAAGAAAACAUCGAAACACCGUCUGUGUAGUCCGAUCUGCGAUCGCUGGAAAAGACACUUGCAAAAUAGUAUUUACAACACCAUGGCAACUGUAAAGGACAAACUGAUCCAGGAAGUUAAUCCUGGAGAGCCUGUUGUGGCCAGGUCAAAGGUCACUAUUGUAGGUGUGGGACAGGUGGGGAUGGCCUGCGCCAUCAGCAUUCUGCAGGCGAAUAUUGCUGAUGAUGUUACUUUGAUUGAUGUGAUGGAGGACAAACUGAAGGGUGAAGUUAUGGAUUUGCAGCAUGGCAGCCUCUUUCUGAAGAGCACUAUAACAGCUGCUAAAGACUAUUCAGAUACAGCAAAUUCCAAGCUGUGUGUCAUCACGGCUGGUGUUCGUCAAAAGGAAGGGGAGAGUCGCCUGAACCUGGUGCAGAGGAAUGUUGAAGUUUUUAAGCACAUCAUCCCGAACCUGGCCAAGUACAGUCCAGAUGCCAUCCUCCUUGUUGUUUCCAAUCCAGUGGACAUCCUGACCUACGUGGCUUGGAAGCUGAGUGGAUUCCCCAGCCACCGCGUCUUGGGCAGCGGCACCAAUCUGGACUCUGCCAGGUUCCGCUUCCUGAUUGGGGAGAAGCUGAAGAUCAACUCCACCAGCGUCCAUGGAUACAUCAUCGGGGAACAUGGGGACUCAAGUGUCCCAGUCUGGAGUGGAACCAAUGUGGCUGGAGUUAGUCUCCAGUCUCUGAACCCUAACCUGGAUACAGGGAUGGACCCUGAAGAAUGGAAAAACGUUCACAAGCAAGUCGUGGAAAGUGCUUAUGAAGUGAUCAAGCUGAAGGGAUACACCUCUUGGGCCAUUGGGCUGAGUGUGUCCAGUCUUGCCCAGUCAAUCUUGAAGAACCUCCGGAUUGUCCACCCAGUAUCUUGCCUCAUCAAGGACAUGCAUGGAAUCAAAGAAGAUGUUUUCUUGAGUCUCCCCUGUGUCCUGGGUUCGUCUGGGGUCUGUGGUGUCUUGAAACAGCCACUGAAAGAAAGUGAGACCGCCCGCCUGAAGAAAAGCAGCGAGACCCUCUGGGCCGUCCAGAAAGAGCUCAAAUUGUGAACGAACUGUGGGAUAGAAAGCUUGCUGCAUAGUUUAGUGUUUGAGGCCAUGCUAAGAAAGGGCUUGUAAGCCCGUUCUUUAAUUCUGUGCUUGUCUGCUUGUUAGAUAAAUGUUGUAAAGCGAUACUAAAACAGAACUAGGUAAUCCAAAGAUGCUACUACUAAAGUCUCGAUAUUUAAAUUCUCAAAGCCAGUUGAUAGAGGAUCCUUUAGCUACAGAUGUAAAGGUGUUCACUAUAGCUUGUAAGACCUGAGACUUGUGCAUGUUCUCUAUUCGCUGCUUGAUUGCCACUGGGGAUUAUUGUGAAUGUGCUUGAGCUUUAACUGUGUGGUUAAAUGAAUGACUGCAGAAAAGCUGUAGGGUAAUAGUCUGAUUUGUACUGACAUCUUUCGAAAACAAAUAUUAAAUACUAUUCAGCAGUAA